GUCAACAACCGACAAAGAAUGUUUUCAUUUAAAUAGUUUUUGAUCACAGGAGGAGUCUGUUAAAUUCUCAUCAUAUUUAUCUGGGAUCAGAACAUUUUAUCUGUAGGUAAUUUGUCUGUGAGUUCUCUUAAGGUGAACGUCAGAUAGCGGCAAGUUAAGUCACAGAGUACGUGUUAAGUCAGUCCAGCUAAACGGACAUCCCAUGGUUAAAACCUGUAUAUAACAAUGGGCUGUGGAGGAUCAAAAGUCACCGACGGCACGGACCCACCGUCCGAUAGAGGAACCCCUAGGGAACACACUGAAAUACAACUGAUUAAUGAGGACGAAUAUCAGUACGAGUUUGACGCCAACGAUCCAAGCACCUAUCCCCCACCUGCGCCGCCGAGGGGUAAGAAGGCAGAGGUGUUCGACCAACAGGAGUUCUCCAGUAUUGACGACAUGGUCGAACAGGCUCCUGAUGAUGUACGAAAAAGCUACGAGGCCCUUACGAGCUUCCUGUGUGGAUGUGGCCGGCUAGAUUACCUGGUUGUUCGAGCCAUAUUUUUGUGGAUUGGAUCCCAAGACAUGAACACAAUCAGCUGGAACGAACCUGAAGGAGAUACGCCAAUAUGGUUCCUUUGUCAGAUAAAGAAUAGGAAGAGCAGUAAAGUCAAAUUCUUUGAAAAACUUUGCAGGAAGUGUAAUAUCCCAUGCGUCACAAUAAAGGGGUAUUCAAAGGGUACAAACUACACAAUAGGGGACGACAUGGAUCCUAAUGAAGUAUCUGGAUCUUGGAAUGCCGUUUAUGUAAAGGGUGGGAAAGAAAGGCAUCGUCAUGAUUGGAGAUUUGUGCACAUAUUUUGGGGUACCCAAGCAGUAGCUGGAUUUGAUACCGGAAAAUGGACACUGGUGGAAAAAGAUGGCGAAAAGACGAACCAAAAGGGUGAACAGUCCCAAGGACAGGAUGUGUUUGAAAUCGACGACUUCUGGUUCUUUACAGACCCGGAAGUCAUGAUUUAUCGGCAUUUACCCGAAGAAGACAGUAGGGCGUGGCAGCUACUGGCAUCCCCAUUAUCGUUCCAACAGUUUGUCGCUCAGCCAUACCUUCUUGAUUGCUUCUUUAAUCUCAAUCUAUCCAUAAAGCGUGGGUCGAAGUGUAGAAUAACAACUGAAAAGGGAAAAGCAGAGGCGGUGAUUUCGAUUCCAAAAGGCAAAAGCAAGAACAUAAUGUUCCAAUAUGAACUAUUCAGCUGUAGCAGAGGCACGGGGACCUUGGAUAGAUUCGUGGCACCAGAAAUACGCCAAGACACCGACCAAUAUGUGAUUCCCAUGAGAUUUACAACAGUCGGCGAUUUCAAACUUGAAAUUUCUGCGGCACAGAUUGGGGUAUCCCCAUUCUUCAGGUGGGCUGCCAUUUACAGAAUCAUAUGUCCUGAACCAGUGCCCAAGGAAAACGUUGUUGAUAACCAGCCAUACCCACUGAAACCGCAGAAUGGGUACUUUGGACCGGGGUUCCACGCCAAUGACCUUGGUAUUUCAGCAGAAACACACAAGAGAGGGGUCGUUGAUGCAGAUACAGGCGAGAUAGAAAUCCGGUUUAAAUCUAAACCAGAAACAGGUGUUCAAAUGGUGCAGCCACGUUUAGUGUCAAACCAGGUUCAUUCUGCAGUUCUGCAAGACUUUGUUGAACACAAAAAGGAAGCAAAUGAAGAUGUGUAUACCGUCCGUGUCCCCGAGAAAGGUGAAUAUGCCUUGGAACUUUUUGCACAACGAGGGAACAGCAACAGAGCGGUGCAAACGAACGUAUGCAACUACCUUUUAAGGUGCAACAACGAAAACUUACAGGUUGCCCCUUUCAAGAAUGUCUCAAAACAUGUGGCUAAGUUGGAGGAAGCGAGUUCCGUAGGAGUUAAUCCUAUUUCUCAAGGCCAUCAGUGGAAAUAUAUCAAAACAUCAGACGGCAACUUAACUUUACGAUUCAAGAACGAGCAUGGAGCAACUCUUAGAUGUCGCCUGAGAAUGGAAAAAAGCAACACCGAAGAAGGCACCAUAAUUGACAGUGACAUUCUUCGGAGUUAUUUGAAGACAACGUCUGAAGGAAAAGAAGACAGUGUUCAGUUGAGGUUGCCGCAGAGUGGUGAGUACAUCCUUGAAAUAGAGGCCGAGAACCAUGGAGAAUGGAAAAAGACAUUUGAGUAUCACAUCGAAAGCGCAGGGAACGAUAAAGAUUCAACCGAUGAGCAGGCGUCUAUUUUCCCCUUUCAUCUAGAAAAGGGUCUUGGUCCAACUCGACAUUCGGAAAAAGUGGGCGUUCAUUUGCUGUACCCCAAGUCUGGCGAAAUCAAAACUUUGGACGAAAUAGCUGACAUUUGGGUUCAAACAAGUGAGCCCAGCAGUGUAGAAUACACGUUUUGUAUGCUCACCAAUGGCAGCAAAAUUACUGACAAGAAGAACAAAGAUAUGCGGAGUAACUUAGUGGUAGAGAAGAAACCAGACGGCAACUAUAUUCUGAAGGCAACUCUGCCAGAAUGUGGCAAAUAUGAACUGAAUCUAUUUGCAAGGCAGGGAGCCUGUAACGUAUUGGCUCAUGUUGGCAGUGUGAGAAUAACCAGAGAAGCCGUUGAUAAAGUGAACAAGCCUCUGUCUAUAUCACAUCAUUGCAUAUGUGUACAUGACAAGACAAGUGUUCAGCUAGAAUUAAAGGCAAAAACAAGCGUUCAAGAAGCACUUCUUAGUACAAGUCGGCCACCGAUGCGUAUCAUGUGUGUAAUCGACGCGAGUGGUAGCAUGCUUGGAAACUACGGCAACGAGAACAUCAGCAAGCUGGAUAAAAUGAAAACGUUCGCCCAAGUUCUGGUAGAUUACAUGGAUGAAGUGGAUUACUUAGGUGUCGUGGUAUUUGGCAAUGAAUCCCAUCUGACGUUAGGGUUUACGCGAAUGGCCAGUGAAGUCAAGGAAAAGGUCAAGGAAACUAUAAGGAACAUACCGCUGAAGGGUCAGACUAACCUAAGCGCCGGUCUUUUUGAGGCAAUAGAACAGUACAGAAGACUGCCUUUGAAGUGCUUUGAUGACAAAAUCGUGCUAUUCACGGACGGAGGCGCCAACUGCGGGAUAACCACAUCACAGCAACUGAUCCCAGAGCUCAGAAAUCGGUUCAGCGCCAUGGGAAAGGAAUCCGGUCUGAGGGAAGACUACACCAUCCAGAUUGCUGCGUUCAGCACCGGCGGAUUCAUGCCCACGCUGAUGUACGACCUGGGACAAGCUUUCAGCAGUGAGACCUUCUAUUUCAUGGAUGAAAACACCAUACUGGAGCUCAACAUGAUGAAGACGGUCCUGCUUCAGCAGACUGCGGUGGCCAGACACGUUAAAGUCGUCGCUCAAGCAUUGAAUGGUGUAGUGUUUGACAGAACAGAGAUGCCCCAGUUGGCAGCAUCCCCGAGUCUUACCACACGUCAAGUCUCAGAACAGUUCAUCCACACCAUAUCUGCAGAACUAUCCAAGCACGUGUUGUAUACCCUUCUCCUACCGGACGACCAUUCAAAGACUUUGCCUAAUAAAGACGUCCUCGAGAUCAACGUUUCUUAUCAAAGUGAAUCCGGCCUCAUCAAGGAGAAACUACAAGUACCGUAUAAGGAACUUCCACACAGCGUGGAGCAGUCCAAAGAAGCGGCCCUCGUAACAUUCACCCAGCAAGAAGCACGGCUUCAGGCAAAGGCGGCCAUUCUACAAGCAGCGGAUUUUAUUUCGUCCUUGCGGUAUACAGAUUCAAAAGACGCGCUCGAAAAGGGAUUGCAAUCAAUAGAAGACAAAAGAGAGAUGAUUGCACCGUACAUCAGCAGAGCAGGGACACAUAAGAUCGACAAAUACAACGAACCCAUGCUUUGGUACAUCCAACACAGUCUGUCUAUGCUGAAGCAAGAUGAAACUGUUCAAUCGUUUGCCGAUAAAUGGGGUAAUCUGGUGUCGUAUGGGGCGUCUCUGGACAGAGAGGUCCCCACCACGUUAGAUUUCAUCUCCGAGGAGUAUCAGCUUUUCCGACCGACUGGAAUAGAAGAAAAGUUGGAAGACAUUUCAGAACACAUUGAUGAUAUGAAAUAUGGAGAAUAUAAGGAUAUUUAUAGAAAGUUGAAAAAGGCCAUACGCGAGGAAAAACCUGGUCGCAAAAGGAAAAUGUUGAAAGAGGCCAUCAAUGAAGCAGAGGAGAACAACGUUCCAGAUAAUGGAUUGAUUAAGGCAGCUAAAGAGGAACUUGAAUAUUCUGAGUAUCACAAAGCGUUCCGGGAUAGUAUUAAAGCGAGAGAUAAGAUUCGUCUCAGGCAGCUACUUCAGGAUGUUGUUGAUUUACCUGAGCAAAUACAAAACCGACUUCGGCCGGACAUUGAAGAAGCAGAAGCUCUCGCUGGUGAGAAAAAGAAGAAAAGACGCCACAAGAUGCUGGAUAUGAACUUCCGCCUUAUCACUGAGCUACACAAAUACCAAAGACCACCUGUUGCCAUCCACUACACCAUGGCAGCCGCGUAUGUGCUCCUUGGGGAAGACUUUGAGGACUUAAGGGAUUGGGCGUUUGUCCAGGCGUUGCUAAGAAAGACAGGGCAAAAUAGCACGCUGUUUAGGGCAAAGAAGCUCGACAUCAACAACGUAUCAAUAACACAAGCAGAAUUCUGUGAGAAGGAAAUACUGAAUGUUUAUGUUGGAACUAUAGAUGAAGUGAGAGACCAAAGUGCUGGAGCAGCGAGGUUCUUUUAUUGGGCAAGAGAGGUGAUCCAUGACGUCAAAGACUUGAAACAAAAAGAGUGACUUAAGACGACUUCAGAGGAGAACAAAAAG